AUGGACAUGUCGGGGAUAGCCAAGAAACUGGGCCUUGCCGGAUCUAAACACGUCAUACGUAAGGCGGCCGAGCUCCGCCGCCUUGCAGAUAUCCAGUUCGAUUCCUCCGUCAUCGGCGUUGGUGAAAUUUGCAAGGCCGUGAUUUGCCUGGAGAUUGCUGCUUCCAGGAUGGAAGUUAUAUUUGAUCGGCAAGCUGCAAUAAGACUGAGUGGGGUGUCUGAGAAGGCUUAUAAUAGGUCCUUUAACUCAAUGCAGAAUGGCAUUGGUCUCAAAAACAAGCUUGAUAUAAGAGAAUUGGCCGUUCAAUUCGGGUGCGUGCGACUCAUCCCCUUCGUGCACAAAGGCAUGUCAUUGUACAAGGAAAGAUUUCUUGCUUCAUUGCCCUCAUCACGUAGAAGUGGCACGGAUUUCAGCCGGCCAGUUUUCACUGCUGUAGCAUUUUACCUUUGUGCCAAAAAACAUAAGCUCAAGGUUGACAAAUUAAAGUUGAUUGAGCUUGCAGGCACUUCCGAAUCAGAAUUUUCUAAUGUAUCUACAUCAAUGAUGGACUUAUGCUUUGAUGCUUUUGGGAUAGCUAAAGAAAAGAAGGAUCCUAAGAAAAUCAAAGGAAAUCGAGAGCUUCUUGAUGUAUUGCCCGAAAAAAGGAGGCUCGAGUAUGGUAGCUGUUCUGAUGACGAUGGGGAGCCUUCUGCUUACAAAAAACGCAAGCAAAUGGAGAAACAAGACCAUGAUGAAUGGAAAUCUGCUGUUCUUAAAUCUAAUAAACUCGCCAAAACGGAUGCUCUUGCUAAGGGGUCCAAACUCAAACAAGGGACACUUGAUUUUCUAAAGAGGAGUAUUUCUGAAACUACAGCUGAAGCUUCAUGA